AUGGGUUUCUUCAAACGCAAUGGCGGCCAAGGAGUCACAGAGGCCACAAGAGCUGCUGGCUCUGGUCUCGCAGCGGUCCUCCCCGAGAACCCUAAGCCGUGGUACCGGACCGCCCAUCUCAUUCAGCUCAACUUGAUCCUUCUGGUGCCACUCAUGUCUUCCGCAUCCGUUGGCUACGAUGGCAAGUCUUGA